ACCCAUCAAAUUUCCCUAUUAUAUACAUAUUGAAGAGAUAUAAUUUCAAAUCUGCCAAAUUCUAUAGCUUCAGAUCUCUCGUUCAAAAAAAAAAAAAAAAAAGGGAAGAUUUAAUCUAAGAUUCGUCUUUUCAAAGAGAAUGUCUAUGCGUAAGAUUUGACCUAACUAAACCUAAGCCGAGAAGCACCUCCCUCUAGCAUCAACCCCUGUUGCUUGCUUCCUUGUCCAGCAAAGGAUUAAGAUGGAGAAGAAAAGGAGAAAGAUGGAGAAGAAGCAGGAAAUGGAGAGUAGCAACAAAAAUUGGGAGAUUCCACCUGAUCAUAUUCUUCAUCAAUUAAUAUUCUCCAAACUCUCCAUCGUGGAUUUACAGGCUUGCCGUCAGGUAUGUAAAUCAUGGAACAAUAUUGUUGUUCAGUUUGAUUCCAAUCUUUUUUUUGCUCAAACUUCUCCCGACUCCAGAAACAUCCAUUGUAUGGACUUCGACCCUAAACAUAUGGGAGCGAUGAACAGCCUUGCCUCUUUUACCUUCCAUCCUAAAUAUUCUUCCGCCUCCUCCAAAAUUCUCUGUUGCUGUCAUGGACUCCUCUUGUGUUCUUUUCGCUUCUUCAAGUUUUAUGAUCUAAUAGAAUAUUCACGAACAAAAAUUUGCAUAUUAAAUCCCUUCACAAAUGAGUAUCUCGUUGUUUCUUCCGAUACUGGCAAUAGACAUGAUAAUUACUCUUACGCCUUUGGAUUUAGUCUUAACACAAAGCAGUUCAAAAUAGUUAGAUUUACAUAUAAACACUCUUCUUUUCAACCUUCUUCAACCUCGAUCGAGAUUUAUGCAUUUGAGACGCUUUGUCCUCGUCUUCGUCCUCUUGGUUUUCUCCCUACUUCCAUCCAAACAGACGGCGCUUACUACUUCAAUGGCGCCCUUUAUUGGGUUGGAACUGAUCAACAGCUACUACUUAAAGCCCAUAAGGAUGUCAUAUACUGUUUGGAUUUAGAAGACUACAAAUUGAAUCAAUGUUCUCUUCCCCAACACAACCAAUUCCGUUUGGCAUAUUUCUUCGGAGCCCUUAAUGGCGCUUUGUAUCUAACCACUCUUGAGAACGAAGAUCAGUACCAAAUGUGGAAGAUGGAACAAGAUGUUUUUUCGUGCAUUAUACUAUUUGUUCUUCCUAAACUAAAUCUGAGGUUUUCUAAACAUCUACCUCAGCAUUCAAGAAGUUUAAUUAAUCUUCAACCUAUCAAAAUCUGUGAAGAUGGGAAGUUCUUGUGUCUCCUUGGUGGACUUGUGUUCCUCUUGUGUGACCCCAAUACUGGAACGACACAAGUUUUGACGGAUCAAGACGUUGAAAUUGAGAAACAUUUUAAGGUUUUUCCUAUCGAAACCUUCAAUUUCAAUUCUCUCCACAACAUUUUGCUUGGAUGUGCCUAAACUUUGUUUCUUAUUUAUCUAUCUAUAUGUAGUUAUUUUUGUUAAUUAGGAUUACUUCACGAGAUUUGAGUUUAGUUGUCCAAUAAUUCAACUUUUUAAUCUUUAAAAAUAUGUUUGUUUCUUAUUUAUCUUUCAAUUGUUCACGAGAUUACUUCAAUUUCACAGUCUUCUUAUAUAUCUACCAGUUUCUUUAAAAUGUCUCCCUAUUUUUGAAAUGCUUCUUCUAUUAAGGAUUUUAAAAGACAAAACUUAAUCGAAGGGAUAGAUGCAUUUGGGUUUCUAAUAUAUAUUGAUUUUGUAAUUUCUAUGUUUAUAAAAAUCAUUUCUCCUAUGACUCUCAAAAUAUGGAAGAACGUGUCAUAUUUUUACUUGAUGUAAUGAGAUUUUGGACGUUAAUGUGUCGAUAGAGUGGAGAUAUUAUGUUAAUAAAAUGGAAGAUUGGGACAUAAAAAUCUAACAUAAUGAACUAUUCAUUUGAUACAAGUGUUGUAUAUUAGUAUUAGUUGUAUAUAUCGUGUUUUAUCGUGUCAUUGCUAAUAUUGAGUUGUAUAUAUGACAUAUUUUAAAGCUAUCAAGGAGUGUUUCGAGGCUCUCGAACGUAAGGACAUUGAGUUUAUUGAGUAGACAAAGACCAAAUAAAAUAGGAGACCACAACGAUGUAGUCUUAAUUGAAUCCGAUGUAGUAAUAUAUUAUAUGUAAUGUGUGUGUAUACAAAUACAUUUAUAUAAUAUAUAUUGACAUAAUAAUUACAACUAGUUGUAGAACCAAUGGCAGAAGUCAAAACAAUGAGUAAGGAAAACAUAGCGAAAGAAAGUGAAAUAGUUGAA